CGCGAGUGUGUGUCUUGCUCUUUAUAUCCUCAUCUCAUCCCACCUCUUCACGCCCCCUUCUCUCGCUCUUUCUCUCUCUCCCUCUCAUUCCUGUACACUCAGUCAGUUCCUCGCUCAGCUCUUCCUCUCGUUCUCCAGGAUUCUCUCCUCCUCUCCCUCUAUUUUUUCACCGUGCGUUGGCUGUGCACUCCUCCCUCUCUCUCUCUCUCUCUCUCUUUCUCUGUUUUCUCUCUCUUUCUCUCACUUGUUCUGUGGCGUUUUUGUUCUCGUGGCUGGUGUGAGCUGAUCGGUUCGUUCUGAAGAAGCAUCACUGCUGCCUCCUGACCAAGAGCAGUGCAUGUAUGUGUGAGUGUGUGUGGAAACAGUGAGUGACUCUUCACUGGAUUGGCCUGCUGUACAUGGAGACUCCCAUCUGGCCAGAUAGUGGCGUGUGUAAGUCUGGAAGUCUAGCCGUGUUCAGGAACGCGGUGUGUAGUGGAUUCCUCACGCAGCAGCUCUGGCAUUUAGGACUCCCACUUCUACACACACUGGGUAACCAAGAGGCGACCAAUCCGGUGGACGCAAUGGCUCAGUCCUACACUCCAGCACAGUUUCCUCCUCCUCCACAGAAUGGUAUCCCAGGAGAAUUCACCACACCCCACACCCUUCCCACACAGGACUACACAGGACAGAGCCGAGUACCUGAACACACCCUGACUAUCUACACACCCACACAGACACACAGCGACCCUGCAAACAGCGACUGCAACACAACAACCAUCACCACCAACACAACAGAUGACGUGACGCAAACAGAGACGCUGCCAUCCUCAGAAUCGCCGGAGAAACAGCAGCCCAAGCGGCUCCACGUCUCCAACAUCCCCUUCCGCUUCCGCGACCCUGACCUCAGGCAGAUGUUCGGGCAAUUUGGGAAGAUUUUAGACGUGGAGAUCAUUUUUAAUGAACGGGGAUCUAAGGGCUUUGGUUUUGUAACUUUUGAAAUGAGCACAGACGCAGAUCGAGCGCGGGAGAAACUAAACGGUACAAUCGUAGAGGGACGCAAGAUCGAGGUGAACAACGCUACAGCGAGAGUGAUGACGAACAAGAAGGCGGCGAAUCCUUACACAAACGGCUGGAAGCUGAAUCCUGUGGUGGGAGCUGUUUAUGCACCUGAACUUUACGCAGUAACGGGGUUUCCCUACGCGGCCACAGGGGCAGCAGUAGCGUACAGAGGAGCUAAUUUAAGAGGAAGAGGACGAGCCGUUUAUAACACAUUCCGCACAGCUCCGCCUCCUCCACCCAUCCCCGCCUACGGAGCUGUUGUUUAUCAGGAUGGAUUCUACGGUGCUGAGAUCUAUGGAGGCUAUGCAGCGUACAGAUAUGCCCAGCCUGCAACAGCUACUGCAUACAGUGACAGCUAUGGUAGAGUCUAUGCAACGGCAGAUCCAUACACUCACGCGAUCAGCCCGGCUGCAACGUAUAGUGUCGGCACAAUGUAAAAAUGUGGAGAGAGAGAGAAAAGGAGUGCAGUGCUCAGCAGCAGAGGAAUGAUGGACACACCACAACCAGAAAUGACAAGAAACAUAAGACCAGAAUGACUGAAAAGCAGAUGGGCAUGAAAAAAAGAGCAAAAAAAGAUAAUAAAAUGAAGAUAAAAAGGCAGAACAAGAGGACAGAGUCCAUUUUCACAAAGCGUUUUAUUUUUCUAUAUUUUUGUUGAUGCAGAAAAGUGUGUUUAAGAGAUAUAAAUAUCCACAUACACAUAUAUACACACAUUAAAUAUAUACUGAGGAGAAAAUGCCGUCAGAACACAGCUGAGAGAACAAGGCCGAGCUUUUGGCUCCACCCACACCAUCGAUGUGAAAAUGGAUCGGAGCAUCCAGACCCACAGCCAAGGUCUAUUGUGAAUGAUAAUAAUAAUUCAUUUCCUGUUCGGGGAGUUUUGAUCAGUCCACUUCCUGUGCCGUGAUGUCACUCUGUCCUGUGCUUUCAAUCCUACAGCACUUCCUGGAUGCGGUUCCGUGCCCUUUUUUGUUACACUGAUCUAAGAAGUCCUCAGAAUAAUCUUGAAGUCUUUCUAGUUGUGCUUCCACAGUGUUUAGAGAAAAAACAUGCACAACAAGACACUGAUUAAAAGCGGAUUUGUUGAGUGGCACUGAAUUUAUUCUGGCUGAAACUCUUGACAGUGUCAGCAUUUCCACUGAAUGAGGAAGACAUCAACACGGAGAUAUCAGAAUUUCCUAACUCAGUCUCCCAUAAUGCAACAGUGGCUCCUUCUUCUUAAACAUGGCUGACCAUUUCCUGCCGCUCCACCCUUCUUCCUUCUUUCCAAUGAGGAAAGAAGAUCCUGAUCCACGUCCUGUUGCUGAUGUCAUGACUCUCUUCCUGUUUGCUAACCUCCUGUGGAAAAGGUUAGAAGACUAGAAACCUCACUCUGUGUUCCAGCACUGUUUAACACACACUUGCUGACUUCCCUUUCCACUAUAUAUACACAUAUACUGUAUAAAACAGCAUAUAUAACAGAACGGCUCGGACAGUAGUUCCAGAUGUAACACGAACAAUAGGUUUAUAUUAAUGCUAUCAUUCUAAUACACUAUUGUUUCUAUAGUAACAGCUCAUUGACAGGGACUUGUACAGUGGACGCUCCAUAUAAUCUAAGACGAGUAAUAAACGGAUUUAAAAAACAGGUUUUUGUUUAACAAAUUAAUGCUUAUAAUUAUGAAGUUUUUAGUCAGGAGAGAUUUCUCUAACAUUCAUGCCAGGAGUUUUGGUUUUAAGUGCUCUUAGUCUCGGUAAGUGAGAACAUUUAGUGGGAACAGGAACUAACUUGUCUCUCAGACACUCCAUAAAAUUAACUCUAACUAUAAACUGUUAAAAUGUGCGACGUGUCAUUCAUUGAUAAAUUCAACAUUGUAAUCGUUGGCAAAUCACUGUGAUAUAAGCAGAGCAUUACUUUUAUAUAACAGCAUGGUCUGGAGUGUGUUAUUCCUUACAUAACAGCAGCUCUGACAGUUCAUAUGAAUUAGCUAUCAUCAGGAGAUCAUACAUUCAAAUACCAACGAUGUCACAGUAAUCUGUGGCUAGGAGUCCAAGAGAGCAUAAUUAGCCGUGUUCUUUGAGUGGGAGGGACAUACUCUCUCUCCCCUGUCAAUCACAGUGACACUAGCCAAUCAUGCACUUAUGUGAGCUCAUGUGUGUUGAAGAGGGCAGAUAGCGCUUUCCUCUGAGUGUUCAGCUGCCCUGGGAUUUAGCACGAUUGGUGGAUUGAAAAGAUGGGUUUGUCUGGUUUCAUGUGUCUUGGAGGAAGCAUGUGUUAGCCUUCACACUCCCCAGCUAGAGGCUGUUAUGUGAUAGUGGAGAGCUAGCUAGUGGGCGGGGGAAAAAAAUGAACUAUCUAACAUGAUAAAACCUAGCAGCUCAUCUGGCUAAAUUAUACCACCAACAUGCUAGCCACAUAUCUAAACAGAAAAAUAGCUGCCACAGAUUUAGACUUGAUUCUCAGGUAUGCUGAUUAAUGGCCCCUAAUUGAGUGAUAAAUAAUAAAGUCAUAAAUAAGUAAAUAAGAAAAGGCUUCAAAUUCCUGAAGGUCUCACAUGCCUACCACGGGGCAUCUGCGUCUAUACUCAAACACAGGAUACACACCGCAGUGUGAUAUCAAUGAUACACAGUUCAAGCUGUGAGGGGAAAUAGAUGAAAGUGUGUUAAAAACAGUGCUGGAAUGCAGAACUGGAUUGUGCUCUUCAUCAAGACUGUAAUCAUCUGAUCUGAUGAGACUUUACCGCUGCUGUCGCUGUUUACUCUCUCUUUCAACAACCCAGGUACUUCCAGCCAGAAGCUAAGCUACACGAUUUAAAAAAAUAUGUGUUUUAGUGUUAAAAAUGAGCCCUGAUGUUAUUAUUAUUAUUAUUAUUAUUAUUAUAACUACUAAUGACUUUUAUCAACUAUUAUUAAAAGGUUUAAAACCUCAUAUAUAAAAUGCUUCCACACAGUAAUGUUCCACGGCUGACUGUUACGACAUUUUGUCAUUUUUAUCCAAAAUAAAUUGUAUAAAAGCAUUUAUGGGGGUUUGAUAGAUGUAAAGGUUGGGACAAAAAGACCAACUGUAAAAAAAAAAAAAAAAAAAAUUAGAGGAAACAAUUUUUUGGAAAACUGACAUUUGUGUGUUCUGAGUUGUGAGUCUUUGAAUGUGGAGAUGUUAAUAUUUGCUGUGUGUAUAUGUACAUACAGUAUACUCUGAUGUGUGUGUGUGUGUGUGUGUGUGUGUGUGUGCAUCGUGAUAUCCUCCAUAUCCCAUUCAUAUUAUAUGUCAUAUACAUAUAAACACACUUCAUUUUUCCCACUAUCUUCACACACACACAGAAAGAGAGAGAGAGAGAGAGAGAGAGAGAGAGAGAUCAGUUAAAUCAGCUGUAGUAUAAGCAUAAGUGUAAUAUAUACCUGGUUCACUGACCCUUUCUUAUCUUUAUAUUUAACACCAAUUAUUCAUAUGUAAAUUAAAACUACAUCCAGAUAAAAUUAGUCAGUAUAUAUUUUUUGUUUGUAUUUUUUUUCUGAAGUAGAUAUUGACAUUUUAAGCAUUACCAUUUUUAACUAGAGUAAAUCAAUAUACAUGUAGCAGAAAUAAAUAUCCAUAUAGAACAUUCAUUAUUGACCAUGUAUGAGAGUUGAUUGAUUUGUUCAUAUUCCAUAUUCACGCUCUAGAAUUCUUUCUUAAUAUCAACCUACAUGGAUUCACAAGUUUACACCCUUAUUAAUGUAAUUAAAUGAAAUUAUCUGGCCAAAAGUGAAGUACAUUUUGUCCUUCUUGCCCCAAAAUGUCAUUACUUGAAGAGUCAGACAUGAAACAUUAAUAAUCUUGGUUUAUCAACUGUUUUUGUGUGGCAGUCUGGGAAAACCCAUCGGAUAUCGCUGUGGCUAGAUUCUGGAAAACAGCCAAAAACAUUUUGACACCACAACUCUAAAAAAUGGUUUUAAAACAAGGUUUUGUUUAGGUCAGUUUCUCCUUGCAAAGUUCACGUUGGAUAAAAAGCCAACCGCAGUGCUGUUCCGCAGUUCUGGAUUCUGAUUGGUCAGAAGGUGUUGAUUGAUUUUCUGUAACAGCAGCUCUGACAGUAGUGCAGCUGCAAAUCACAGGCUUGUACUGAAAGACACUUCACAUAAAUGGGUGUGAUCAUUCAUAUGUUAUUUUGAUAUGGUAAAGUUUUCUGUAAGGUAAUGUCAGUAAUGUUGUUUUUCCAUCAGUAGAUGAGGUUAUAAAUGUGGAGGUAGGCACAGCAUCUUUCAGUCUUUCUGAAUUUGAGAACAUGAAGGGUUUUUUUUCAGGACGCCAUUUGGGGUAAGUGGCAAAAACUGUGGUAAACUGAAAAACAUGUUUUUAUUUCUGGCUGAAUUCUUUAAUCAUAGUCUAGCUCUCUGUAUAUCAACUGAAGGAAGUGUUUAAUAUCUGUGCAGAAAUUAAAAUCCCCUUCAGCGAGUGUCUGUGUAAAGCUCAGCAAAUAAUCUGAGCACAAAUGGCAUCAAAUAUGAUACUUUCAUUAUGACAGAGAGAGAGAGAGAGAGAGAGAGAGCAUUCCCAUCUGGUUCUCCUGUGUAUAGUCUGUUCUUUUGUAUUUCUCAUAAAUUCUGUAAAUAACACUCCUUUUCCCCUUUCUGCCUUUCUCAAAUUCUGUAUUUUGUUCUAUAUUGAUAAAGUUUAUUUAUAAGGAUUUAUAAAAAAAAAAUCUCUCUUUUGUAAAUGUUCAUGUUAAAUAAAAAGUUUUAAAAUAUGAAUUAUGUAAAUGAUAUAUAUUGAAAAAUAAUAUUUCUUUUUUGUCAGUGUCCUUCCAUCCUCGUUUUUUGCCUCUGUGCUCUAAACUUUGUGUUAUUCUUCUUUCUGUAAGAUGAAGAUUUCUAUUUAUUAAGAUGCACAUUAUUAUUAUUAUUAUUAUUAUUAUUAUUAUUAUUAUUAUUAUUAUUACCAUUAAAUGUUCUUGUCUACUUCACGCUCGGGUGUGCUGUUUGAUUGUCACUCCACAGAUUAUUGGAUAUUAACUUUAAUACUUUAAUAAACAAUAUAAAUGGUGGGUCUCUGGAGGACUAGUGGUUAGUAGAGGCCGGUUUCGAUUCCUGGCACACGACAGUGCACUCCCAGUGCCGAUCCCAAGCCUGGAUAACAUCGGGGAGGGUUGCAUCCGGAAGGGCAUCCGACCUAAAAACUGGGCCAAAUCAAAUAUGCGGACCAAUGAUCCACUGUGGCGACCCCUAACGGGAGCAGCCGAAAGAACAACAACAACAACAACACGCUGUAAACGGUAUGUGCUUUU